CUGCUGCACAGUCUGAUAUGACUCUUAUUUGGAAAGCAGUAACUGAAAACACUUGGAGGUUUUGAGACAUUUUAAAACUUAAUUUGAAAGUGUAUGCUGCAGUAAUGGCACCGAUACUUCUGAACCACAUGGGGAGUGAGGAGAAUGAGUAUAUAAAUGAACAGGUCCAAGUAAAAAAUCCCAAUUUGGACACCAUGGAAGAGGACAUUCUCUACCACUUCAGCCUGAGCACUAAGACUCACAACCUCCCUGAAAUGUUUGGAGAUAUUAAGUUUGUGUGUGUUGGUGGCAGUGCAAACCGAAUGAAGGCUUUCGCCCAGUUCAUCCAUCAGGAGUUGAAACUGCCAGGAAACCCAGGAGACAUCAAAGAUAUCUGUGAGGGAACUGAUCGCUACUGCAUGUACAAAGUCGGACCAGUUCUCUCUAUAAGCCAUGGAAUGGGAGUCCCAUCAAUCUCCAUCAUGUUGCAUGAGCUCAUCAAGCUCCUGCACCAUGCCCAGUGUCGUGAUGUGGUUUUGUUUCGCCUGGGAACGUCUGGUGGAGUCGGUCUGGCUCCAGGGACCGUGGUGAUCACGGAAAAAGCAGUGGACUACUCUUUCCGCCCCCAGUUUGAACAGGUCGUUCUGGGUAAAGUUAUCACCAGGAACACUGAGCUGGAUGAGGGAGUGGCCAACGAGCUUCUGCAGUGCUCUUCUGAGCUUCAAACUUUUCCAACAGUGAUCGGAAACACCAUGUGCACCCAUGACUUCUAUGAAGGUCAGGGCCGACUAGAUGGAGCUCUGUGCUCCUUCUCCCAAGAAGAGAAACUGGAGUAUCUGAGGAAAGCUUAUGAGGCCGGAGUGAGGAAUAUUGAAAUGGAGUCCACUGUUUUCGCUGCUAUGUGCCGUGUCUGUGGUCUCAAAGGAGCUGUGGUAUGCGUUGCAUUGCUGAAUCGCUUUGAGGGGGACCAAAUCACAUCAUCCCAUGAUGUUCUGGUGGAAUAUCAGCAGAGACCUCAAAUUCUGGUGGCCCAUUUUAUCAAGAAACGCCUGGGAUAUAUUAUCUAACAAUCCAGUCGCCCUGUAGCAUGUACAUAGUUUUGACUCAUGUGGAUAUGUAUAUAUAUUGUACUUAAAAUGUUAAUACUGAAAUAUUUAAAAGUUAGACAUUAAGAGUUUUUAUGAUUUAUUUGACAAUAAAAUAUUAAGCGUGUUGCAUGUAUGCUUAUCCAGGGUUCGUACGGGUGCUUGAAAUCCUUGAAAAUGCUUGAAUUUUAAUGUUGUCUUUUCAAGGUUUGAAAAGUGCUUGAAUUUCAGA